UUUCUGUCUGGCCGCACUGUUUGGUCUCGCGUGGCCACCGUUAGUCGAGUGAGUUUGUAAGCAGACAUGGCGGCUUCCUUAUGUACCCGUGUGAGAACAGGUCUGCAGCUCACUUCAUUACUCUGCACAAGCUGCAGGGUGCAAAAUGUAUGUCUGCAAGCUGCAUUACUGGCAGGCAGCAAAUGGAGGAUUGAGCAUGGAUUUGCCAGAAGUGGCACUGAAUAUGGACCAUUAACUGAUCUACCUGACUGGUCAUUUGCUGACGGCCGACCAGCACCACCCAUGAAAGGGCACAUUAGGAGGAAGCAAGAAAGAGCAGACUUUGCGAGGCGUGUUGUGCAGCUGAGUUCCCAGGUGGAUGAAGGAAUGCAGCGUUGGAGAAAGCAGCUGGAAGAGAAGGAAGUGGAAGAGAAACAGAGGACAGCCCUUCAACUUAAGUCUAAAGGAGCUCUACAUAAACAAAUAAAGAGCAAAAAAUAAA